AAUAUACAGAAUAUAGCUGGUUUGCUGGUUCCCUGGAUAAUCUGGGAACCAGAAAAUUUCACCAUAUUGGGCAAAACACGUUGAUAGGCCGGUAAACAUAAAAUUUACUAUAUUUUGGUGAACUGCUACUUCUAAAUUAUUGCAGUGAGGCUAAGCCAUGCCACCAAAGAAGAAGGAUGAUGGAGCAAAGGCAGCCCCUGCCUUUCUGGGGCGUAUUGGAACAAAUCUGAAAAUAGGCAUAGUAGGAUUGCCAAAUGUAGGGAAGUCGACAUUCUUCAAUGUAUUAACAAAAAGUUCGGCAACUGCAGAAAACUUUCCUUUUUGCACCAUCGAUCCAAAUGAAAGUCGUGUUCCGGUACCUGAUGCCAGAUUUGAAUUCCUCUGUGAGCAUUGGCAGCCUGCCAGCAAAGUUCCAGCUUUCCUGAAUGUAGUGGAUAUUGCAGGACUUGUGAAAGGUGCCCACGAGGGUAAAGGGUUAGGAAAUGCCUUCCUGUCAAACAUCUCCGCGUGCGAUGCUAUAUAUCAUGUAAUCAGAGCAUUCCCUGGAGAAGAAGUUGUUCAUGUGGAAGGUGAUGUAGACCCAUCGAGAGAUUUAGAUAUUAUACACGAGGAGCUGCGAUUGAAAGACAUAGAAUACCUCAACAAACAUAUGGACAAUAUUGAAAGAGCCGUGUUGAGGGGCGGGGACAAGUCUAAAAAACAUGAAUAUGAAACAUUGAAGAAAGUCAGAGAAGCAUUGGAAAGUAGUAAAUGGGUCCGAAAUAUCACUUUCGAUGCCAAAGAGAUUGAUGUUCUGAAUAACCACUUAUUUAUCACAGCUAAACCAGUGAUUUAUUUAGUUAAUCUAUCAGAGAAAGAUUAUAGUCGUAAGAAAAAUAAAUGGUUACCUAAAAUAAAGGAAUGGAUUGACACAAAUGAUGCUGGGGCUACAGUUAUAUUGUUCAGUGGAGAGUUUGAGUCAAACUUGCUAGAUUUUACGUCUGAUGAAGAACGGGAAAAAUAUUUAAAAGAGCAUAAUGCUCAAAGUGCUUUAGAGAAGAUUAUAGUUAAUGGAUAUAAAGCAUUGGGCUUAAUUUACUUCUUCACAAGUGGGAAAGACGAGGUUAGGGCAUGGACUAUACAGCGUGGAGCUAAAGCCCCUCAAGCUGCUGGAAGAAUUCAUACUGACAUGGAGAAAGGUUUUAUUAUGCCAGAAUGUAUGGCUUUUAAUGACUUCAAAGAAGCGGGCUUCAGAUCUGAAACAUUUUAUAUAAUUCAGGCUGCCGGUAAAUACAAGCAGAAGGGACGAGAGUAUGUCGUGGAAGACGGCGACAUUUUGUUCAUAAAGUUCAAUGCCGGUGCAGGACUGACGGCUAAAAAGAAAUAAUGUAGCACAGAUCACAUAGGACAUUUAAAACUAACCAUUCUACAUUGUAGUUAAAGAAGCAUACCUCCAGAUUCCUGCCUAUUUUCAUGAAAAUUUUGUAAAUGUAUUAAAAAGUAAAAUAUUGUGAAGUGAACAAAGAAAAUAGUAUACACAUUGUUAACGGCAUUUACAAUCCAUGUAAAUUGCUGAAAAGAGGUCAAAAUAUGCAAAAAUAGCCCUUACAGCGUUACUAACUCAUUUAUCUCAAAUAACAUGAAAAUUAUUACUUAUAUAUUUAACUUCUUUACUUUUCAUAAGUUCUUAAUACAUUUUCUCAAGUUUCAUUUUCUUGAAAUAUUUGCCUCAUCUGGAGGCAUGCAGCUUUAAAUGAUUCCAUUAUAAUUUAAUUGAAUUAUAGAUAUGGAUGAAAUAAAUGAAUUGUGGUAGUGUCACAUCACUGUCCGUGUCACACACACCUGUUCAUUAACCCUUAUCUGGCUAAACUUAUGUAUUAAACUUACCCAGCUUUCUAUUUUGAAUGGUCCACUGUUUUUGUACAUAGAAUACUGCAGCAAAAUAUGAAAAAUCAGGCAAUCAGAUAUAAAAAGAAUGCCCCACUCUUUCUAUCAAGUGAAUACAUUCCUAAGGAUAUAUAUAGAAUUUUCGGUAAGUCACAUGGAUUAUUGAUUAUACAUAGAUUUGAAAAACAAUUAUGGCAAAAUCUCAAGAUAUUUUGACUUUUGGCAUUAACCAUUUACAUCUGGAUGGGCAUAAUGUCAUUGUACGAGUAAAUGAAGAAAACUUGUUAAUGUGCAGUUUAAAGGAAUAUAGUUAAAUACACCUCAACAAUGUGGGUUAGAAUCAUAAUGCCAGGGACCUUGGAUUCUGUAAUGUGAGGAAGCUAACAAGCUAGUUUACCUAAGGUUGGUGGUUUAAACUCCGGUGUCCAGUUGUGCUUGAAAUAAUGCAUGUAGGGGCACUGAAGGCUUACCUCUACCAGUAAACGUUGUAAGUCACCAUAUCACCUAUACUGUGUCACUAUGACAUAAAAUCCAAUAAAAACAAAGUUAAUGGUAAAGAAAACAAUACACUUACAUGCAGUUUCCUUGCUUGCUUUUAGUAAAUUGUAUAAUACCUGCAAUUUAUGAUAAUGUUAGAUAACCCCAGGAAGGGUUUGUUAAUUCCUGAAUUUUAGAUUGUUAAUGAGAUGUAACAUUAACACCAGGAAGGGUUUGUUAAUUCCUGAAUUUUAGAUUGUUAAUGAGAUAAUGAAAAUAUAAUUGUGUGACCAAGUUUUAUUUGUUACAUAUUGACAUCUAAGUUUCUUUAUAGCUUGAUAAAUUUAAAAAAAGGAUAAAUGUAUUUGCUAAAUAAAGUAUUUUAAACUUU